CAUUUCUUGCUGAGAGAUAUGUAUGAUGAUAUGAUGCUGGAUGGAGUACAGCCAAGUAGGGAUACAUUCCAUUCUGUCAUCAGUUAGUGGAAAGGUGCUUUCAUGUUUGUUAUCAUGGACUUUCAUUCUUUCUGGAAUUUUCCGUUUGGUUGAUUUUGUUUUGUUGCAGGUGGAUAAGCAAAAUGCUCAUUUCUUUGGUGUUACAAUCAACGAGCAACAAGCCGAGUGUGGUAUUGUAGUAAGAGUUACUUCAAAUGCACAAAGCAAAUUUAAGUUACUUUAUUUUGAGCAAGAUGUGAAUGGCGGUUAUGGUUUGGCCCUACAGAUGGAUAAUUGAUCCUCCUCUGGAGGUCAAUGUACCAUCAAAACGCACACCAUGGCCUGAUGCCCCUCCUGAACUCCCUACCAAUGAAAAUGUAGUGUUGGGCAUCCAAGAGCAUGCUGUAAAGCAUCCUACAAAGACCCGCACAUCUAGAUCAAAGAGACGAAGCAAGAGAAAGCAUGACACAAGAACGGUGGACACACAGGUUGCUUCAAAGCAUUCUGAACAAAUUUGAAAAUCUUAGCACGAAGACGGCUAGAGAUGCAUGCUGCUGUGUGAAUUUUAGGCAUCAUUCUUCAGCAUCAUAAAAAAAUUUGAAUUGCAAAGGCUUAUUAGCACAGAGGCAGAUGGCCUAACCUGGUAUAUGUGAAAAGAAUCCUUCACGCUGGGCCAGUUGAUAACAGGCAUUGGAGUUUGAAUUUUCACUUAAUUUUUCACAAAUUUUUUCUUUCUUUUAUAUAUUUUUGUUUGGGAUAUCAGGAUUCUGGUUCAGCAUGAGGUAUGCCAGCAAAGUCUUGCCGUGUCUGCUACCUUGUAGGACUUUGUAUCCAAUAUGUUUCGAAUCUUAUACAUAAUCUUGGAACAUAGGAAUUAUAGAGUUGUGUUCAGCUGGA